AGCACAUCGGCAGCAAGACCGCCGUGCAGAUCCGCAGCCACGCGCAAAAGUUCUUCACCAAGUUGGAGCGCGACGGCACCUCCGCCGCCACGUCGCAGAUGGACAUCGAGAUCCCCCCGCCCCGCCCCAAGCGCAAGCCCGCGCACCCGUACCCGCGGAAAGCGGGCUCCGCCAGCAGCUCGCAGCCGCAGGCGCCACAGCGGCAGAACAGCCAGCACAGCCUGUCCAAGGCGCUGCAGCAGCCCGCUCCGUCGCUGCUCCCCCCUCCUCCUCCCCCUCCUAAGGCUCUUCUCCCCUGCAUGAAGCAGCUCCAACUGCCACAGCCGCUACCGCCGCCGCCUCAACCAAAGCAACGUGUGCAGGCGAACCAAGCGGCAGCAGCGCAGCAGCAGGCGGUAGCGAGAGAGAAAGGCAAUCACAAGGGCCGGCAGGCAACCUCGCAGCAGCGCGCAGAGGCAGAGGAAUCAGAGCCGCAGCAGCACCCGCGGUCGAGCAGGCAGGUGUCGCAGGGGCUGAGCUCGCAGCGCACGCAGUCGCAGACGUCGCGGUCCGCACUGCCCGUGUCGUCCGACCAGUCGUGCGGCAACCAGCGCGCCGACGACGGACAGGAGUCCAAGUACGUCUUCUCCGCCCCCCCCGCCGCCGCCGCCGCUGCCGCACCGCAGACCAACGCCAAGGCGGAGGCCAGUGCGCUGCCGUCCGUCUUCACCUCCCCCUCGCCGCUCGCCUCUCAGCGCGACGCUGCUCGCGGCGACGCGUGCGUGUCGCCGUACUCCUCGUCGCCAAUGGAGGGCGACAGCGGCGCGCGGCAGUCGCCCGACCAGCGCAGCACGCUGAAGCUCUUCGGCAAGACGCUCGCCACUCCCCCCGCCAUGCCGCCCCCUCCCCCACCCCCAGCUGUGCCGUCGGCGCCCCUGCCUCCGCCUGCUCCCCGAAGCACCAACCCUGCAGCCUCCAUGUCUCCCGACGGCAGCCCUGCGCGCUCGCCGCCGCUCCAUCCGCCGCUGCUCUCCCUUGCAACCCCCCCUGCGGAUCUUGCUCCGCCCUCUGGCGCGCAGCACUGGCGCGUCAAGCACUCAGCGGGUGAAGGCGGCGCUUGGGACACACAAAAGCCGGAGUUCAAGGAGGAGGAGGAAGAGGAGGAGGAGGCGAAGGAGGAGGAGGAGUAUGAUGGGGAGGAGGAGGCGGACGAAGGUGCGCCCAUGGUGACGCGGUCGCUGUCGCUUCCAGAGCCUCGAAGUGUUGCCGGGCUCGCGGAGGAGUCGCAGGGGCUGUGCCUCUCAGACAGGCCGCACGCCGCGCCAGCGGCACACGGCGAGCGGAUGGCGGAGGCAGGCGCAAGAGGCCGCGCGGAGCAGCGGGGUAUAGCGGCAGCGCAGUGCGCGCUGCGAUCGAUGAGCGUGACGGGUCACGACGUGUCCACGUCAGCGUGCGGCAGCUUCUCCGAGCGUUCCGUGGUGCUCGAGUCGGGGCUCUCCGUCGAGCCCCUCCCCGCCGCCACGCCGCUGCCCCCGCCCGCGCCGCAGCGGGCGGACCGCGGAGGGGCAGCACCGUCAGCGGCAGCAGGCGCGCACCCGAUGGCGCUUGGCGGUCUGCGCGAUGCUGCGUGCGCCACUCCCUGCUCUGCUACCGGGGCCCACGGCCAUGCGCAAGGCGGCGAUGCAACGCGCGCGGGAGCAGCAAUGGCUGCUGGCGCUGGCACGGUAGCAAGCCUGAGCCUGGCGCAGGCGCCGUACAUGAACCAGCUGUUCGCGUUCCCCCAAGCCCCUCCCGCCCUCCCCACCGCCAACGCAGCUGCAGACGCUGCGGGCGCUGCUGCCAAUGCUGCGGGGCUCAGUCCACCGCAGCUUGAGAAGUCCGCCGCUCCUGUAAAUGCCGGAGCGGUGGCAGGAAGAGUAGAGGAGGAGGCAGAAGUGGCAGCGGGCGAGGCGAAUGAAGGGGCAGGCGUGGCUGCGGUAGACGGUGGUGUGGCGAGUCCCACGCACGUGGCGUCCGGCUCGGGCGUGCCCAUGGCAUCGCAGUGGUCGCCCUCCCUCAUGUCAUCCAUGGCCGGCCUCUCCAUGCUCAACGCUGCUGCUGCCGCCGCCGCCGCCGCAUCCGCCGCCGGCGCCAACACUGCCGCCGCUCCCCAUCGCCCCCCCUUCGACUAUGGUGCCGCUGCCGCCGCUGCUGCAGCUGCUGCUUCAGCCCGUGGCUCUACCACUUUCCAGGAAGCAGCCGCGUCAGCUCAGAUGGCCGCAGCUGCUGCAAUGGGCCUGCAGUUUCCCGGCUGUUUCCUGCCAGGGAGCGAGGAGGCAGUGCAGCAGCAGCAGAUGCUAUUCCCGACGCCCUUCCCCUUCGUCGAGUUCCACACGCCCGGCUUCCACCCCAUGCACCACCCGGGCUACCUGCUCUCGCCCUACCGCGCGCCCGUGCCGCACCCGCACUCGGCGGCGGCCGCCGCCCCGGUGGAUGCGCGCCUCGCAUCGCCGCCGGCGCCCCCGCGCACGCUUUCAGCGGGCGACGACCCUGCAGCAGCCGCUAUGGCCGUCACCAUGGCGGCGGCAUCUGCGUGGUGGGCGCUCCAGGGCUCCAUGCCGCCCGGCGUCUUCCUCCCCAUGUCGUCCGCGCAGGCCUUCCGCCCCCCCUUCAACGGCAUUCCGCCUCUCCCUGCUGGCGCCGCUGCCAUGCAGAUUGGGUGGCCGGGCGCAGGGGAGGUGGAGGCCGGAGGGAAUGGUGAAGGCGCGGGGACUGACGCGGCAGGUGCGGCUGCCGGAGCUGUCGCUGCUGUUGCAGCUCCGGAGGCGGGCUUUGCCAACGCCACGUUUGCAGCAACCGAGCAACAGAAGCAGCAGCAACAGCAGCAGCAGUGCGAGAUGGCGGGAGCGGUGGAGACAGGGGACGACGGGGGCGAGGGGUCGUCGGGCAAGGCGAUUCCCGAGGGCGCGCAGGGCAAGACGGAGGCGAACGACACGGCGUACAGCGCGUCGCAGAGCCAGGGCGGCGACGACGCUCUCGGCGACAACGACGGCGACGAUGCGCGCGCGGACGACGAGGAGGAGGAGGAAGAGGAGGAGGAGGAGGAGGGCGGAGAGGCUGGCGAGGGGGAGGAAGAGGGGGGAUUCGUGGCGCUGGUGAGGAGCAGCGAGGUGGAGGGGCAGGAGGAGCUGCGCCUCAUGGCCAGCGAGCGAGAGGCGCUCGCUGCCAUGCUGCAAGGCGUCAACGCUGACGUGGAUGCUGACGUGGACGCUGAUGUGGACGUUCAGGAGUCUCAGCAGACGGUGGUGGGGUCGUCCGCGCCGACAGGAGCCAGCAAGGCGCUGGACUCCAGCACGGGCGCGGAGCAGGGUGGCCGGCGCGCGUCGUGGCACGGGCAGGGCCAGGGGGACGCGCAGGCGGAGAGGGAGGCAGGCAAGGCGCGGAGUGCAGGGGAUGCGAGGCCGCUCGUGCACGGGCACCGAUCGCAGCAGCACACGGGGCAGCAGAGGGAGGGGGAAAGGGGCAGCGAGGGUGGGCAGGGGAGGAGUCCCUUUGAGGGCGGCAUGGGGCCGUGCACUGACUCGUCGCCCUCCGUGUGGGCCUCCAACUCCACCCCGCCCCACCACGCCCACGCGCCCCGACACACCUCCAACGGUCAUGGCGGGCACGUGCACACGCCUCAGAAGGAGGCGCACAGGAGGCCGAGCGACCUGCCGCAUAACGUGGCGCUGGCAGCAGGCGAGAAGGAGCGCAGCAGCAACAACGCCCGCUGCUCCGCUCCCCUGCUCCCACGCAGCCACCCCGCUGCUACCGCCGCAGCUGCAGCCACUCGGCCUUUUGGCUUGCCUGCCAGCCCCGCCGACAAGCACUCUGGUGGUGGUGCUGGUGGCACUGCUGUGAAUGCUGCCACUGCCAUGGCUGGUGCUGCUGCUGCCGCUGCCGUGUCGAAGCAGGAGAAGUGGAGACUGCCACGUGAAAGAGGGCGCAGAGGACAUGCACAGGCGCAUGAGCAGGCACAGGCACAUGCACAUGCACCGACGCACAACCAUGGCCAUGGCCAUGGGCAAGCUCACGCGGAACGCAGAGGGCUGAACGCGAGUGGUGCCGCGGCGGCAGCAGCAGCGGGCGCGGCAGCAGCGGACAAGAGGGAGCAGUCGAACCUGAUCCGCAAGCUGCGCUCGCUCGAGAAGUUCAAAGUCCGCCACGCCAGCGCUGCCCCCACCACCGCCACUGCCGCCGCCAGCGCCACUGGCGCUGCGACUGCGGCGGCUGACGAAGCGAGCGCGAAGAUGAGCGCGUGUGGGCCCGGCAUGGGCGGAGAGGGAGCGGGUUCCGGCGGAGGGGAGGGCAGUGGCGGGGAAGGGAACGAGGGCGCCACUGAGGGGCUGGGCGGAGGAGGAGAAGGGAGAGUUGCGGGAGUAGAAGGCGAGGGGGCGAAAGCAGGGGGAGGCGAGGGAGCAGGAGGGAAAGAGGGUGUAGGAAUGGCCGGAGAGAACGAGGGGCCGCGGAGAAAGCGACUGCGCGGACACUCCGUCAGCGGCAGCAACACUCCGCCUCCCACUACCAGACAAACUCUGCCCUCCGGCGACACACCUGUGCCGGCCGAAGGCGGUGCAGGGGAGGCAGCAGCGGGUGGAGAGGGAGCAGAGCAGCAAGGGGAGGUGCGCGCCACCCCAUCGUCCUCGGGCAGUCGCGGGCAGAACGGCAACGGCGGUGGCAGUGGAAGCGGCACCAAGCACGAGGGUGGGGGCGGGCCUGAGGGCUCAGGGGAGAAUGGGCCGAGCUCCAACUCGUCUGAAUGCGGCAACGAGGCGGGCAGGGAGCGGCUGGGCGGUUCCAGUGAUGGCGGCACGAGUGAGCGCGAGGCGUGCAAGCGCCGUGAACGAGACGUGUCUGAGGAGGGUGCGACUGCCAAGAGCGCCGUGAAACAACUCCCUGGCGGCGAGGCUGGUGGGGAGAGCGAUGGGAAGGACGUUGAGGAGAAGGAGGAGGAGAUGAAUGCAGAACGUGGCCAGAAGGAUUCGAACAACGAAGAGGCCGGUGCUGGUGGGCAAGCGAUGGAGGCAGAGAGGGCAGCGGAGGAGGAGAAGGCGAAUGAGAUGGAGCGAGGUGUUGCGGUUGAGGAGAGGAGCGCCAAGCGGAGGAAGGUGGUGGCAGUGGGUGCAGGCGAGGAGGGGUGCUCGCGCGUGGUGGGUGGGGCGCCUCAGGGCAGCAGUGCGCCCACUGCAGGCAGCAGGUCGCACACGCCCCUCAGCCUCUCCACCCCGCACGCCCUGCUGCUCGGGCUGGACGCCCGCCAUGCAGGCACGCGUGCCGAGGGCCAGCAGCACAAGGAGGGUGGUGGCGACACCAACGCUGCUGACGGGCUGGAGCAACUGCAGCUGCUGGGGAAGAAGCGUGCUGGGGUGGUCAGAGGAGCGAGUGGUGCGCGCAAGGGCGAGGAGGGCGAGGAGGGGUCGGCGAAUGAAGCAAGGGGCAGUGCUGCUCGGCCCGGGCGCACGGAAACGUCUCAAGUGGUGGGCGCCGGGCGCCGCGAGCUGAGAGGCGAUGGCCAGUCCGUCUUCCGACCGCUGCCCAUCCUCCCCCCCAAGGUGACGCCCCCACAUGCCCCUCCUCGCCUCCUCCCCCCUCCCCCCUCCAAACCUGCGGCCCCACGUGCGUGUGGGGUCGCGCAGGGGGAAGGCCCUCAGCCGGUUGCCGCUGCUGCUGGCGCUGUCGCUGGUGGCGGUAGUGGUGAUGGUGGUGACGGUGGUGGUGAGGCCGUGAAGGGUCAGGAGCGAGAGGAGGCACGUGCGGCGGUGAGAGUGGAAGCGGAGGUGGGAGGGCAGAAGGAGCAGGGCGAGAUGAGACAUCAGUGGAGAGGCAAGGAGAAGCGGGCAUCGAGCAGUGGGGAGGCGGUGCGACAGGAGAGUCGCAAGCAUGGGAGGGACGAGAGUAGUGAGGGAGAGGAAUGGAUGACUGACAGGAAGCAGCAGCACGUGCAUCAGCACCAACACCAGCACCAACACCAGCAGCAGCAGGCAGCGAGCAGCAGCGGCGCGGCGUCGCUGCUAGCAGGCAUGCGCAUGGUGGGUCCAUCCCUGCCCUUGCCGUCGUCCCCCACGGGUGACCCAUCGUCCAGCAACAGUGGGGGAGCAGGUGUGCACCACCACUUCCACUAUCACUACCACAGCGCCGGCAGCAGUGCCAAGCACCGCCCCGCCUCCUCCAAGCAACCCACCACUGCUGCCGCUGCGGCUGCCAUCGCAGCCGCUGCUAAGUGCAGCAAGGGGGAGAGCAGUGAUGGGGGGGAGGGGGAGGGGAAGGAGGCGGGGGGUGGAGGAAGGGGAGGGGAGAGCGGUGGUGGCGAGGACGAUGCAAUGGGUGAUGAAGAGAGAAAGACAGCUGUCUUGCUGCAGGCUGACGCACGGCACCCAUGGAACACAGAGAGCGCUGCAGGCAUGGAGAUGCGGUGCAGGGAGCAAGGGCCCGGCGAUAUCACGGCGCGGUUAAUGCGCAGCGUGGGUGGUGAUGGGGCAGGCAAGCACAGCGAGAGGCACCGGGCGCGGCAGUAUGAGCACAAGCAGCAGAGCAGCCACCGCUUCCAUCCGUACAGCCCUCACAAGGAGCGCACCGAGCAGCGCAGCGCCCCCGCCUUUGGCGCCACUGCUGCUGGCCCACCCCACACAGAGGCCAAUGUUGACAUGGGGGAGGGUGAGGCCAAGUAG